AUGGGAAAGAUAAUGGUAGAAAGUACAACUAGAGUUACGUUACUGUUAAUGGCUACCUUGGCUAUUACUGUUCCAUGCCUCGUCGACGCUAACAUCGGAGAAUUCGAUUAUUAUCUCCGAGGAAAAGCUAAGGAGGCCCGGAGAGUUGCUCUUGAAGCAUAUGAACCAAACCCUUUGAACGUCACUUCAGAGCUCAAUAUGCACGUUCAUCUGUACGUAAGCUCUUCGAUGAAUGAGGCCAACAUGUCCACCAAUACCAGAGGGAGGGACCUGGGGGAGAGGAAACGCAAAGGACAUUGCCUGACUACCAACCCAAUCGACCGAUGCUGGAGAUGCGACAAAGACUGGGAGAAAAAUCGCUUCAAUUUAGCCAAAUGUGCGAUGGGUUUCGGCCGCAAGACCACGGGCGGGCUGGGUGGCAAGAUCUACGUCGUGACAGAUUCUUCCGACGACGACGUAGCUAACCCGAAACCCGGAACUCUGAGGUACGGGGCAAUUCAGAAGGAGCCAUUGUGGAUCAUAUUCGCAUACAGCAUGGUGAUCAAGUUGAAACAGGAGUUGCUGGUGAAUUCCGACAAGACAAUCGACGGACGUGGAGCUAAUGUUCAGAUAAAGAGCGGCGGCGGCCUCACUCUACAAUUCGUCAACAACGUCAUCAUCCACAACCUUCGCAUUCGCAAUAUCAAAGCUAAGAAGGGUGGUCUGGUAAGGGAUGCCCCCGACCAUGUCGGGCUGAGAACUAGAAGCGACGGUGACGCCAUCAGCCUCUUCGGUUCCACCAACGUCUGGAUCGAUCACAUUUCAAUGUCCAACGCCGACGAUGGGCUGGUCGACGCCAUCAUGGGUUCUACCGCCAUUACAAUAUCAAAUUGCCACAUGACCAGGCACAACGACGUGAUGCUGUUUGGAGCCGGAGACGUGUAUAAACAGGACCAGGUGAUGCAGGUAACGGUGGCUUUCAACCACUUCGGGAACGGAUUGAUACAGAGGAUGCCCAGAUGCAGACAUGGAUGGUUCCAUGUGGUGAACAACGACUACCAUAACUGGAUAAUGUACGCCAUCGGAGGAACGGCGAAUCCGACCAUACUCAGCCAAGGAAACCGAUUCAGUGCUCCGAACAACGUAGCAGCGAAGCAGGUUACCAACAGAGUGAGUGCGCCAGAAUCGGAGUGGCAAAACUGGCCGUGGCAGUCGGAGAAUGACGAGUUUGUAAACGGAGCUUUUUUCGUACCAUCGGGAAAACCUAUAACCACAUCUAUAACCCAGAGGGAGGAUUUGAUACCACCCAGACCAGGGAUCGAAGCUCCCGAACUUGCUCGCUUUUCGGGUCAGAUCAAGUGCAAGGUCGGCAAGCCUUGUUAG